CUGCCACUGCGCAUGAGCAACAACUUCAAUCCAAGGGGCGGCCAUAUUGCUGUUUCGGAUUGAUUGUACUGCUGCAAAGGCGGAUAAUAACUUAUUUAUCAGUUGCAUAUAUUGUAUUAUAAAGCUUUAAAACCAUCUUACUUUUCAUCUGAAUAUUGUGGAAAAACAUUGAAUCAAGAUGUCUAGUGGACCAUAUAACUAUUCAUAUAUCUUCAAAUAUAUCAUUAUUGGUGACAUGGGAGUUGGAAAGUCUUGCCUACUACACCAGUUUACAGAGAAGAAAUUUAUGGCGGACUGCCCUCACACUAUUGGUGUAGAGUUUGGAACAAGAAUUAUUGAAGUGUGUGGACAAAAAAUAAAGUUACAGAUAUGGGACACUGCUGGCCAGGAAAGGUUUCGAGCUGUAACCCGAAGUUAUUAUAGAGGAGCUGCAGGCGCUUUAAUGGUUUAUGAUAUUACUAGGAGGAGUACUUAUAAUCACCUCAGUAGCUGGCUGACUGAUGCACGGAACUUGACCAAUCCGAAUACAGUUAUAUUUCUAAUUGGUAACAAAUGUGAUCUGGAUGCUCAACGAGAUGUGACUUAUGAAGAGGCUAAACAAUUUGCAGAUGAAAAUAAAUUAAUGUUUGUGGAAGCAAGUGCUAAAACUGGAGAAAAUGUGGAAGAGGCAUUCUUAGAAACAGCUAAAAGAAUAUACCAAAACAUUCAGGAUGGAAGUCUUGAUUUGAAUGCUGCUGAAUCUGGUGUGCAACAUAAGCCAACAGCUCCUAGAAGUGCACUCAGUAAUGACCAGACACCUAGCAAAGAUGGAUGUGCUUGUUAAUUGUUUUCUUUUCUAUGGUUAACAGGAUUAAAGCCUUCAUUGGAAGAGUUUGAUUUGAUUAAUGUAUGCUGCGGCUACUGUUUAGUAGCUCUGAUGGUCAUUAUCAGCUAUUAUUACCAUCAUUGCAGCUUUAGUUUAUUUUUCACAUCAAAAAGGGGAAAUUGGAAGCAUCUCAUUUGGCACCAUAGAUUUUGUAAUUCUAAUUCAGUGAAACAUUCUCUGUAUAUUUAUCAGUUAGGACCUGCACCCCUUUUUCUUCUCAAACUAGAACUCUUCCUCUCUACAUUUAUUAAACUAGGAAAAAAAUCCAAUUUGAUUCAAUUUAUCCAUUGCAAUUUUGUUUCAUUAUUUAUAAAAUUUGCUGUAAAUUUUAUUUGCAAUCUUGGCUAAUUCUUUGAUUUGUAAAUGAAGUUGACUGCUAAUAGUUCAUAAGAUAUAUUGAUUAGUUUAAACAAAUUGUGCCUUUCUUAUUUGCUUGUUACAUUAAAUGCUGUUUAAAUUUUUUUUGCUCCAAUUGUUUAAGAUAACUACAUUUGAGAAACCUAGACAUUUAAAAAUUUAUUUUCUUGUAUAUUUUUUUAAUUCUGUGAUUUAUGGCAGAGUCAUUUUUUUAAUUGUAAAAUAUUUUAAUAAGGGACCAUUUAUAAUAACAUCCCUUUAAAUGGCAUGUUUUAACUUUUGUUUUUUAAACAAAUAGUUUAUGUAACACUUUUUAAUUAUAUUGUUUGCUGUGGAGCUAUUCCCUUUUUCUAUGAGACAAUUUUUUCAUUUUAAACAGCCUCCUGAUAAAAAUUGGUUUUUUAAACUUUCUAACAAUUAAAAUUAAUUUAAGACUCUGCUUUAACAAGAUGUAUAUUUGUUGAAAUUAUAAAUGUUUCCCAUAUGUAUUGUUUAAAGUGUGUAAAGUAUGUAUUUUGUAUUAAACAAAACUGUAUUGUUGGAUGUAUAGUUGCAUCUUUGUUAAAUUAACAUCUUUCUUCACCCUUAGAGUAUUAUGUUUAAUAUUUUAUUAUAACAGUAUGCAAAAUUAUUUAAAAUGAUUUGUUUUAUGUGUAUAUUUAGCACUUAAAAUAGAGAUUAUAUAUUUGUUAAAAUUUUAUUAUUGCUGUUAAAGCCUUUAUUUUUAUUUUUAUUAAUCAACAAUCAAGCGUUAGUGUAGAUUUUAUAAAGAAAUUUUUAAAAAAGUUUUUUUGUUGUUAUAUAAAUAGUGUUUAAAAUUCUCUCAAUUAACCACUUUCUAUCAUAUUGUCACUUAUUGAUGGGUAAAAAUGUAUUAUUUUCUUUCCAAAUUCAAUUGUUUUUUUUUACUUAUAGUUCUUCCAUUUUCGGUCAGUUUCUAAAAAUGCGAUCCAUUUGUAUGUCAAUUUAAUACUAAAAAUCAUAUGCUAUGUGAUAUACUUGUAAGUCCAAAAGAUUGUUUAAUUGAGUUAUUUGGAUGAGUAUCUAGUAUUUGAGUGAUUCCAUAGGAGGCUAUUUUUGUGUACAAAUUAUGUAUAUAUAUAUAUGCAUGCCAUAUUUUAUGUUAUCAAUGUGCAUAUAAUUUCCUCUCCAAAUGUUUUUGUCUGUAUGAUGGAAGUGGGAUUUCAUUAAAAGUGAAGGAGAAUGCUAAUUGUAUUUCUCAUUAGUGUUGAAGAAUUUCGUAUAAUAUUUAAAUUCCAUAUAGACUGAAAUAAAUAUUACUUAUUUACUA